ACGCACAACCAUGCAGAUGUUCGUAUUCGCCCUUCUGGUGGCCGCUGCUGCGGCCGCUCCGCAGUUCAGUGAUUUCAACCAGGACUUCAACAACCAACAGUUUGUCAGCAGUGGCCAGCCGGAAGUGCGGAUCCUUAGUCAGAAGUCCGAUCAAGAUCAAGUGGGGAACUACGAGUACAGCUACGAACAGGACAACGGACAGCGGAUGCAAGAGGUGGGGCGAGUGCAGCCAGGACCCGAGCCAGAGACCGGCAGUAUCUCCAUGGAGGGCAGCUACGAGUUUGUCGGCGACGACGGCAACACCUACCAGGUCAGCUACGUGGCCAACGAGAACGGCUUCCAGCCUCAGGGCGCCCACCUGCCGCAGGCUCCAGCUCAGAUCCCCGAGUACGAGCAGCUGAGGCGGGACUACCCGCAGCUGUUCUGGGCCGAGAACGGAGGAGCCGGCGUCAUUCUCAACAACCAACAGCAGUUCAACCAGCAACAGUUCGACCAGCAGCAGGGGCAACAGCUCUUCUUUAAUUAAUUCACCUGGCAAAGUCAACUGAAGACCAGAAGAAUGUCAAGCAAGCGUACUGUCGACUUGAAAGGCAUGUGGCCCGGUGCGCGGCUUGUGGCGAUGAAGCAUGAACAUCAUGCGUGUGUCGCGUUAGCGUGUGUCCAGACGUCAUGAAAAGCCGCAUUUUAGUCGCGUUACGCUGGUGUAGCAAUAUGUGAUGCGUUCAUCCGCAUUGGUGACCCGUACAAAUAGUGUUCCCAUCAGUCCAAUGGACGCGGUGCCCUCACUAAAAUGUGCUAUGUCUCGUUGAAAUACA